AUGGGCUCCUACACACCUCCACUCAAGCGGAAGGAGUCCGUAGGUCUCAAGUUCAGUUGUAAUGCUGAUUCCGACCUUGUAUGCACGACGAUCUUCGAUGUGUUACAGAUAAAGACGUACGAAAUAGUUGGUUACCAACCACCGCCGGGGAACAGUGAUGGUAACUUAGAUCAGGACGAUAAAGGUAAAGCAGACAAGGAGGGUGCAGACGACACUGCUCAGGACGCUUUACCUGCUGUCGUUCAACCUGGUGAGGGUGAGGUAAGUCAGGACAAUAUACAUGUGGACGCCCAUAACAUAGUCACUGACGCUGCCCAGAGCUGCGAUGCUGACGGUGGUGCUGACCUUGGUGAGGUGACGAUAGAACAAGUAAUUGGUUGUCAACUGGAUAUAGAGGAUGACACCAUGCGGGAUAGUGAUGUAGAAAUGUCUGUGCAGAGGCCAACUCCACCCUCUUCAGUAAGGUCUGGUAGAAAGGUUAAGGGUCGUGUGAAGGCUUGGGGUGUGAAGGCUUGGGGUGUGAAGGCUGGGGGUGUGAAGGCUGGGGGUGUGAAGGCUGGGGGUGUGAAGGCUGGGGGUGUGAAGGCUGGGAGUGUGAAGGCUGGGGGUGUGAAGGCUGGGGGUGUGAAGGCUGGGGGUGUGAAGGCUGGGGGUGUGAAGGCUGGGGGUGUGAAGGCUGGGGGUGUGAAGGCUGGUUAUGAAAACAGUCAUCUGAAGACACGUGGGAAAAAAUUAACUCAGAGUUUUGAUCAUAUACGUAUGAAGGACUGCGCUGCUAAAUUAAAAGUCUCUGAAAAAAAUUGA